GUCUUAUCAUAUCUUUUCUUUCUACAGGCUUUUGUUGAAACCGAUUAUGGAGGAUCAUGAUGACAGCCCCGUGGAGACCAUUGACGUCUACCUUGAGCCUGACCCAGAAGAUGAAGACGAGGGCCACAGAAGAUCGGUGAAAAGGAUCCGGCUGGACGAGAGCCCCGACGAGGACGGGGAAGACGACAGCCCCGAGGAUGACGGAGACGACAGCGAUUACUCUCCCCCGACGCACGGGAGGAACCUGAGGAGGCGUCGGCAGUAUUACUGCGCGGAGUGCGAGAAGUGUUUCAAGCACAGCGCCGCCCUGGAAGCCCACCGCCGAAUCCAUAAGAACGAUCAAGGCCACCCGUGCGACGUCUGCAACGCCCGUUUCUCUCUGAAGUCCGACCUCAUGGUCCACCGCCGGCAGCACGUGCCGAACAACACCUUCGAAAGCCCGCAGACGAGCCGGACGCCUACCGAGAGCUCCAACUCGAGCUCCAGCAACAGCCCCCUGCUGGACGAGAAGCCUCACCAGUGCAACUACUGCGAGAAAAGGUUCCGGGACAAGUCCAUCCUGGAAGCCCACCAGAGGAUCCACACCGGAAAACUCGCCUACCCCUGCCCGGUGUGCGACGAGAGCUUCUCCAAGCCGGCCCUGCUGGCCGCUCACAGCAACAUCCACCGGGAGGGCAAACCCUUCCACUGCGACCAGUGCGACAAGAAGUUCAACGACCAGUCGCUCCUGGUGGCCCACAAGAGGACCCACACCGGGGAGAAGCCUCAGAAGUGCAACCACUGCAACAAGUGGUUCCCCAACCGCAGCAGCCUGGACGCCCACGGCGAGUGCCACCUGAAACCCAAGCCGUACAAGUGCCGGCACUGCGAGAAGAGCUUCAACGACAAGUCCCUGCUCAUCACCCACGAGGGGGUGCACACAGACACUAAGCCCUUCAAGUGCACCCAGUGCAGCGAGAGCUUCUUCCUGAAGACGCAGCUGAUGGCUCACCAGGCCACGCACGCCCCCGACAAGCCCUUCCCGUGCAACCAGUGCGAGCGCAGCUUCAACAAAGAGGAGACCCUGCUGGCCCACAUCCGGGUGCACAACAUGCAGAACGCCGAGAAGCCGAAACCCGCCAAUUAGUUUUUAAAAGGAUUAGGAAGUUGACGACUUUUUACAUUUUCGGGAUCUGCCCCUUUUUUUUUUUUCCAACCUUCC